AUGGCAGAACAUGAGCGGCCGGUAGUAGCAUUUCUAGGACCUGAAGCUAGCUAUACACAUCAGGCUGCCCUCGACGCCUUCAACAAAGAUGAAUUCACGCUCUCACCCCAGAUCACCAUCGCCGACAUCUUCACAGCCGUCCAAAACGGCACCGCAUACCGCGGCGUCUUACCCUUUGAAAACAGCAGCAAUGGCUCCGUCGUCUUCACCCUCGACCUAAUCAGCGACCCGCAAAACAAGCAUCCCGACAUCCUCGUUUGCGGCGAAGCCUACGUCGCCGUCAAACAUUGCCUUCUCGGUCACGCUCCCACACCAGUCACCCAAGCCGACAGAAUUGCCGGCAAACCACUCGCGGAUCUCAGUAAAAUCAAAAAAUUAUACUCUCAUCCCCAAGCCUGGGGCCAAUGCACGAACUUCCUCACCACCCACCUCAAAGCCACCGAACGCCACGACGUAAGCAGCACGUCGCGCGCCGCCGAAAUCGCCGCGGCCGACAAAUCCGGAGAAUCCGCUGCGUUAUCAAGCGCGGUCGCUGCGUCCCUCUUCGGCCUCGACAUCCUCGCUGAGAGUAUAAACGACCAUGUCGGCAAUACGACGCGCUUCUUGAUUAUCAAAAACAAAAACUUGCCUACCCCUUCUCUAUCCGUCGGAAAUGAAGAUGCAGACGCAGACUUCAAAACCCUAAUCACCUUCACAGUCGACCAUGCGAAUCCCGGCGCGCUGGCGCAUUGUCUCGCGGCGUUCGAGAAGUUUGGGCUCAACUUGACGAGUAUUAAUACCAGGCCGAGCGGGGUCAGGGAAUUGGCAUUAUGUGUUUUUUUGUGGAAUUAA